CGAGACCAAGGAGGUGGAGGUCACUAAGACGGAGGAUGCCCUGGGACUGACCAUCACGGACAAUGGGGCCGGCUAUGCCUUCAUCAAGGUGCCCACCUGGGGGGUGGGGCAGGUGGCUUCCAGGGUGUCCGGCGACCUGGGGUGAGCCCCUGCUCCUCUGUGGUGUGAAUGGGCUCUGGGGACCCGAGUGGGGUGGCUGGAUGGUGGAGUCCUGUGAAUGACUCUGGGUCCCCCGCAGAGGAUCAAGGAAGGCAGCAUCAUCAACCGAAUCGAGGCAGUGUGUGUGGGAGACAGCAUUGAGGCCAUAAAUGACCACUCGAUCGUCGGCUGCCGCCACUACGAGGUGGCCAAGAUGCUGCGUGAGCUGCCAAAGUCUCAGCCCUUCACCCUGCGGCUGGUGCAGCCCAAGAGAGCCUUCGAUAUGAUCGGCCAGAGGAGCCGGAGCAGCAAAUACCCAAUGGAAGCGAAAGUCAGCAGUGGGAGGGAGACCCUGCGGCUUCGGUCUGGGGGGGCCGCCACUGUAGAGGAAGUGCCCAGUGAAUUCGAGGAGGAGGCAUCUCGGAGGGUGGAUGACCUGCUGGAGAGUUACAUGGGCAUUAGGGACCCAGAGCUGGGUAAGGGGCCAGGCAUCCACCAUGGUGGAGACCUCCAAGAAGACAGUGAGCGUCCAGGAGUUUGCACGCCAUUUAGACUCCGUCUUGGGCGAGUUCGCCUUCCCGGACGAGUUUGUGGUGGAGGUGUGGGCCGCCAUCGGCGAGGCCAGGGAAGCCUGUGGCUAGUCUGCCCCGGUGCCAAGCGCAGCCCCAGCUCGGAGCCCAGCCCCCUGCCCCAGCCCUCCCGGUCAGUUUCCAAAGCCCAGCCCUGCUCCAGAGUCCAGAAGCCCAGACCUGAGACCCAGCUCUGCUCUAGAACACAGUCCAGUUCAGAGACCAAGCUUAGAUCUGAGCCCAAGUCCUGCUCUAGUGUCCAGCCAAGUUCAGGGACCAAGCUCAGAUCUGUGACACAACCCAGAUCGGAGCCCCAGCCCUGCUUUAGAGCCCAGCCCAGGUCAGAGAUCAAGCCCAGAUCAGAGCCUCAGCCCUACUCUAGAGCCCAGCCCAGCUCAGAGACCAAGCCCAGAACUGAGACUCAGCCCUGUUCAGAGACCAAGUCCCCCUUUAGAACCCAGGUCAGUUCUGAGGCCCAGUUCAUCACUAGAACCCCAUCCAGUUCUGAGAUGCAGUCCAGCUUCAGAACCCAGCUCAGUUCUGGAGCCCAGGACAGCUCUAGAGCCCAGGACAGCUCUAGAGCCCAAGCCAGCUCUGAGGCUAAGCGGAGCUCUGAUGUGAAGUCAAGCUUUGGAACCCAGAUAAAUUUGAAGACCCACCCCAGCUCUGAAAUCCAACCUGGCUCUGGAAGCCAGGCCAGCUUUAUGACCAAGCCCUGCCAUAAAACUCGAUCCAACUCUGCAGCUCAAGACAGCUCCGUGACUCAGCCACACCUGGAUACUCAAUCUAGCUCAGGAACACCAGUUAGUUCUGGAGCCCACGUGAGACUCAAGAGGCAGUCCAGCCCUAGAAGCCACUCCAGCUUAGUAGUCAAAGACGGUUCUGAAGUGCAACCCUGUUCCCAAACCCAGGCCAGCUCAGGAACCCAGAUGCAUACUUCAGUCCAGCCCAGGUCCAGACCCUAUCUGCGUCCUAGGGCCCAGUCCAGCUCCAGUGAUGAAUCCAGCUCAGAGACUGAGCCCAGAUCUAGCCCCCAGCCUCGUGUGACAAGCAAACCUGUCUCCAGGAUUCAGACAAGCUCUGGACCCCCACCCAUUGCUGGGGCAAGACCUGCCUCCAGAGCUCAGCCUGAUGCUAAGCCCCAUGAGCACUGCAGAGCACAGAGCAACUCUAGAAUGCCAUCCAGCUCUGGGACAAGGACAGAUCUCCGAGCUUGGCCUCUUUCCAGAGUUCAGUCCACCUCCAGCACUCCACCCAGCUCCAGAACUCAGCUCGGUUCUAGAGCCCAGGUUGGCUCUGAAAUUCCACCUGACUCCAAAACACAGUCAACUGCUGAGACCCAGGUACAUUCCAGAAUACAGCUAAUGUCUGGAAUCCAGUCAAGUCCUGGGACCCAGAAGGAUGCAGACACAGACUUCAGCUCCACAGCUAUGUCAGACUCUGAGAGUAGGCCCAGUUCAAGGACCCAGCCCUGCCCAGUAGCUCAAAACACCUCUGAGGCUCAGCUCAGCUCAGAAAGCCUGACAAGUUCUAGAAACCAAAUCCAGGCCACAACCCAGGGCAGCUCUGGGACUGAGCCAGACUUUGGGAAGCAGGCAAACUCUGGAACUCAGCUCAUCUCUAGAACCCCUCCCACCUCAGAGAUGCAGAUAAGUGCAGGAAUUAAGCCCCGCUCUGGAGUCAAGCUCAACUCCAAAACCCAACCCAUCUCCACAGUUCAGUUCAGGUCUGAGAUGCAACCCAGCUCUGAAACCUUGAGCAGUUCAAGAAUACAGUCCAGCUCUGGAUCCCAAACCAGCUCCAGAACCCAGACCAGUUCUGGAACCCAGCUGAGCCCUGAGAUUCAGCCCAGUUCUGGGACCCAGACCAGUGAAAGAACUCAGCCCAGCUCUGGAGUCCAAUUCAGCUCCAGAACACAGCCUGCUUCUGGAUCCCACCCUGGCUCUAGAACUCAGCCCAGUUCUGGAACCCAGCCCAGGCCUGAGACCCAGCCCAGCUCUGGGACCCAGACCAGUGAAAGAACUCAGUCCAGCUCUGGAGUCCAGUUCAGCUCCAGAACACAGUCUGCUUUUGGAUGCCAACCUGGCUCUAGAACCCAGUCUAGUUCUGGAACCCAGCUCAGUCCUAAGACCCAGCCCAGCUCUGGGACCCAGACCAGUGAAAGAACUCAGCUCAGCUCUGGAGUCCAGUUCAGCUCCAGAACACAGUCUGCUUUUGGAUGCCAACCUGGCUCUAGAACCCAGACUAGUUCUGGAACCCAGCUCAGUCCUAAGACCCAGCCCAGCUCUGGGACCCAGACCAGUGAAAGAACUCAGCUCAGCUCUGGAGUUCAGUUCAGCUCCAGAACCCAGUGCAGCUCUGGAAUUCAGUUCAGCUCUGAGACCCAGCCCAGCUCUGAAACCCAGACCACUUCAAACACUCAGCCCAGCUCUGGAGUCCACCGUACUUCCAGAACUGAAUCUGAUUCUGAAACUAGAAGCCAGACCAGUCCAAGAAUUCAGCUCAGCUCUAGAAAGGGGCCCUGCCCACAGACCCCAGGCCUUGACCCCAGAACCCAGUCCUAUCCCACCCCUUAUGCCCGACCUCAACACCUAGGCCCACCACCCAGAGCCCCGACUCCAGGUCCUAGCCGAAUCUCUUGCCCCCAGCCCCAGCCCCAUGAUCUGGGACGAGGAACCCCGCCCGACCCUGGGCCUGGCGGAAGCCCCUCAAUUUCUCCCCUGGCCCCACAGCCACAGUUCCCCUUCACCCCCCAGAAACCAGCCCUUUCCCUCAAGCCCCAGCUGGGACCCCAGAAGUCUACCCCACCCACCAAAUCUGUCAUCCAUAGUUUUGCCCCCAGGGUGGCCCUCCUUAGUUCUCAGCCCCUUGAACCCUCAUUUGAGGGGACUGCCCCCUCCUCCAUGCUCAGGGAGUCUAAGUUACCUCCACGGGAGUCAAAGCUCCUACCCCACCAUGGAGGGCAGUAGAUUGGGUGUGACAUAGUUGGAGCCCCCAUGGCCCCCAUCCCCUCUCCUGCUCCUCCCUGCCUGGGUUGCUCAGAAGUAGCAGGUGACUGUAUUACACACCCCAUCCCUGUAAAUGGGGUGGGGCAGGUGAGGAAGGGAGGGUGGAAACAGCUGAUCCUAGGUCUAUGGGAGGGCAGUGAGGUAGGGUCGAGCAGGGGAGGCAGGAGGCAGUUUCCUUCUCAUGUACCUUGAGGGCUUGAGGGUUCGUGGGGAAUAAAGGCAUAAAGGCACCUCCCACCCCUGCAGCCUGAUGUGUUAUUUUGGGGCGUAUUUGGGGGAGAGCAGAGGAAGGGGUGCUGACAUGAAAACACUAGAUGCUUCUUAAGUGCCUACUAUGUGCC